AUGGCAUCAGUGAAACCACAAAUCGGAUGGUACGGGCUCGGGUCUAUGGGCCGUCCCAUGGCCGAGAAUCUACAACAACAUCUAGCGAAGAGUCACGAACGCCCAUUGAUAUACUCCAAUCGAACACUAAGUUCCGGAGAUACGCUAAAGUCUCUCGGCGCCGUGCCUGCUGCCGAGUUUACAGACUUGGUGAAACGAUGUGACAUCGUUUUUACAAUGAUACCGAACGACGACGUCCUUCAACGGCUCAUGAAGCUUGCCAUUGCGGGCGGCUCGGAGCUGUCAAACAAGAUCUUCGUCGACUGCUCGACAGUACAUCCGGACACUAUUAAGAAACUAUCGACAGACUUAGCAAAACAUGAGACUGUCCUUCUUUCUGCUCCCGUUUUCGGGGGCCCGUCAGUUGCAGUGGCUGGAGGUCUUGUAUUUGCAAUCAGCGGCCGCGAGUCUGCCUGCCUCACUGUGGAGAAGUAUAUCACCAAUGUGAUGGGAAGGAAGCUUAUCCAUUGUGGGGAAAAUGCAUCGAACGCAUCGUUGCUCAAGAUUGGCGGGAAUAUUAUAACCCUCUCGCUGAUGGAAGCAGUGGGAGAAGCUCAGGUCUUUGCAGAAAAAACUGGGCUUGGGACCGACGCAAUGGAGCAGUUAAUCACGGAGUCGUUUGGAGCCGUUGCAGGGGGUUACUCUAAACGAUUAACAUCGGGAAUAUAUGCACCGCCACUCGAUACACGACCGGGAUUUGGCAUUUCAUUGGCUAUCAAAGAUGCCAAACAUGCACUUUCAAUGGCCGGAGAGCACGACUUCAAGCUACCCGGACUUGAGUUGGCUGAUAAGCACAUGAAAGCAGCAAGAGAGUAUGGAGGCGAAUGCUUGGAUAGCAGUGCCAUGUAUGGCAUCUUGCGACAGCAGGCUAGUCUGAGCUUUUGGAAUGAAAACAGUCGCCAGGGCGGGAAAUAUGGAGCAACUAAUGAUACCAAAGAUCAGAGAGGUGCUGCAUAG